UUGGUUCAAUGUACUAGUUGUUACAUGAUUAUGUCUUGUGCUUUUUCAAACAAAGUUUGCUACAUAUAAUUUUUUUUGCCCAUAUAAAAUUUCUUUUUCGUUGUCGUCUUCAUUGGCUUGACGUGUGCAAUGAUGUCUGUCAUUUUGCUAUCCCCAUCGGAGCUGUAGGCUGUAGCGCAGCGGUCUGAUUCAUGGCUUCUCUUUUAAGACAGAAACCCAAAGCUCUUUUUGGCAUCUUUGAAUGAAUAUUUUUAAGACCCUUUUUUUUUUCUUUCAGAAUCAGGUUGUUUUCUUUUCCUCUGAUUGCUUUUGCUUCAAAGUAUUUCAAUAUUGGAUUAUUAGAAGAAUAUUGUGAAAUAAAUCAACUUCUUUUUUUGUGUGUUCUCCACCCAAUAGCAGCUUAAACGGCUUGGAUACUUGGAUUUCCAAGAGAAAGACAUAGCUUAUUGAGCUGAAUCUAUAGCUGUUCAGCUCAGUAAGAAAAUAUGGCACAAGAGUAUAGAGAGCCGCUGUUAAAGAAGAAGUACCAUGAGAACUGCCCUGGAUGUAAGGUUGAUCAAAUGAAGGAGUUGCAGCGAGGCAUACCGAUUCGGCAACUGGUUUCCAUAUGGAUUGUUGUGUUAUGCACUGCUCUGCCGAUAUCAUCUCUCUUUCCAUUCCUAUACUUCAUGAUUAGGGAUUUUCACAUUGCAAAAAGAGAGGAAGAUAUUGGCUCCUAUGCUGGUUAUGUUGGGUCUGCAUUUAUGCUAGGAAGAGCUUUGACAUCUGUAUUAUGGGGAAUAGUUGCUGAUCGUUAUGGUCGAAAGCCUGUUAUAAUCGUGGGAAUAAUUACUGUGGUUAUUUUCAACACUCUCUUUGGCCUUAGCGUAAAUAUUUGGAUGGCUGUAAUUACAAGAUUUCUUCUUGGAAGUUUCAAUGGCUUACUUGGACCAAUAAAGGCAUAUGCGGUUGAAAUUUUUCGAGAAGAGCACCAGGCCUUAGGCCUGUCAACUGUUAGCACAUCGUGGGGCAUAGGAUUGAUUAUUGGCCCUGCUCUGGGAGGUUUUCUAGCUCAGCCAGCAGAGAAGUAUCCGAAUAUCUUUUCCAAAGAUUCUCUGUUUGGAAGAUUUCCAUAUUUCUUACCGUGCCUUGCUAUAUCACUUUUUGCCUUGGGAGUAUCCAUACCUACUUGCUGGCUUCCGGAAACACUUCAUAAACACAAUGACAACAAUAUAUCAUGUGAUGAUUCAUAUGAUGCUUUGGAAGCUGCAUCUCAUGAAUCUAUCACAAAAGAAAUAACAGAAGAGGAUGAAGGAAGAGAAUCCACUUCUAAGCAAAGCCUCCUAAAGAAUUGGCCUUUAAUGUCAUCUAUCAUUGUUUAUUGUGUUUUCUCCCUUCAUGAUAUGGCCUACACGGAGAUAUUUUCGUUAUGGGCCGUUAGCCCUAGAAAGUAUGGGGGUUUGAGUUAUUCAACAGAUGAUGUUGGAGCUGUUCUUGCAAUCACAGGUUUCAGCCUUCUUGUCUUUCAACUUUCCGUAUAUCCAUAUGUGGAGAGGAUUCUAGGACCUGUAAUGGUGUCUCGUAUUGCAAGUGUCUUAAGCAUACCUCUGUUGCAAAGUUAUUAUUUCAUAGCCAUGUUGUCGGGGUUCACUCUUAGCUUGGUAUUAAAUUGUGCAUCGAUUGUGAAGAAUGUUUUAUCAGUAUCAAUCAUAACUGGAUUAUUCAUUCUCCAAAAUCGAGCUGUGGAUCAACACCAAAGAGGAGCUGCUAAUGGAAUUGCCAUGACUGCAAUGUCUCUUUUCAAAGCUGCUGGUCCAGCUGGAGGAGGUGCAUUGUUUUCUUGGGCAGAAAAGCGUCAAGAUGCUUCAUUUCUUCCAGGUGUUCAGAUGGUAUUCUUCAUGUUGAAUAUUGUGGAAGCAAUAGGAGUGCUGAUGACAUUCAAACCAUUUCUAGCUCAACAUCGGCAGUAAAGAAAGGUUGGGAUAGUAUUAUGAUCGGCGUAAUUCUUUCAUAGAAGAUAAAUUGUAGCAUCAAUGAAAAUUUGCUAAGGCUUCAAUUUGUUCAUGAAAAUAUCAAUUGAUGGAACAACUGCAAUCUUGUUGUAUAUUUAUUUUCUCCGAACAGGUUUAUGGAUGUCUAUAUGUAAUAUUUAGUCAUUUACUGCUGCUUAUAAAUGGCUUUGAAAUUUAUUCUUCCGAAGGGGACAUUGAAAUUUAUGCCUCAUAUUCAAGAUUAACA